CGUGGCGCCGCAGGAGGAUAAGGCAUCAACUCCAACAUGAAGCUCUUGGUCUUAGCACUUGUGGCUGCUGCGUCUGCUGCCCCUCAGGGGUACAACCUGGGCAAGCCCUCGGGACCUUCCUUUAACUCUGGAAGUUGUGGCAGUGGACAAGUGCGGCACGUGGAUGGAAGAUGCGUUACGCCUCAGGUGAACAGCCGUGUGUUCCUGUACGAUGUACCAGCAAACGAAGGUGUUGUCAAUCGGCCAGACUACAUUCCAGAACCUAAAUUGGAACGCAAUAUUAUUUUUGUGAGACUUCCUGACGGCGCACAAGGUCCAGAACCCAUCGUCGUACCACCGCCACAACAGCAACACGUGGUGUAUGUCCUGAACAAGCAAUCUGAACAAGACCAGCGAGUGAUCGAGCUUCCUGCACCACCACAAUCGAACCCCGAAGUGUUCUUCGUGAACUACGCAGAAGGAGAGAACCCGACUCUUCCCAGCGGAGUAGACCUCCAGACGGCGUUAAGCGCAGCUUCCCAGGGCGGCGGUCAAGUUGUUGGAGGUGGUGGAGUAGGCGGUGGUUUCGGCGGUGGUAUCGGAGGCGGUUUCGGUGGUGGCAUCGGAGGCGGUUUCGGCGGAGGCAGUGGUGGCGGUUUCGGCGGUGGUAUCGGAGGCGGUUUCGGCGGAGGCAGUGGUGGCGGUUUCGGUGGCGGCAGCGGAGGCGGCACUUAUUCCCCUCCCUCUAACCUCUACAGCACACCAUAAACUCAUCUAACUGCCAAAUCUUUCCGCAGAAUUGUUGAUGUAGUUCUAUUGAUAUGAGCUAAAUGUUACCUUUAUUAUGAAUUGUUCAAUUUUAUAUACAUGUAUAUUUAUAUGUAAAUGGAAAAUAAAGAACUAUAGUGACAA